AUGAUGUUUAUGGUAUUUCCCUCGCCUUUUCCCUACAGUAGUCGCUUGACCGUUAACGGGACGAAGUUUUUGUCAGCGCGUGCAUCCUCAACAUCAUCUUCAGACAGUUUCUCAAGGAGAAAAUAUGAUGCAGCUAGGGAUGCGAGCGCAUGCGGUAACUCUAAAUGCCAACUCGGUGAUACUCUCUAGCUUUAUGCUUUCCUCAUAAGUGAGAUGGAAGGAUAAGGUAAAGCAGAAGGCAAGUAGUAAGGGCGCCCGAAUGUGAGGUCGAGAUGAGUUUACGCACAUUCUAAGUUGACCGGCUGCGAUUUUGGAGAUGGCGUCGCAGCACUUGAGACGAAUCCGCUGCGUCUCUCAUUGGGGAUGAACGAAGAACCGGAUCGAGGCGUUGAGAUUAAGGCGAUCGUAAGCACAUCUUUUAGGCAGCACCUUUUAAAUUUCGAACCUUUUCACGCUGUUAAGCGUUUGCGCUUCGGUGGUGAUUAUCUCAGCCUUUUUAUAGUGUUCGACCUUGUCGAAUCAUAAAGGAAGCGCCGACUUCAUUCAAUAGAUUGAGCCUCCUUUUCAUACAAAUUAAUAGUGCG